GGGCAGCAGGCGCGAGUAAACAGUCCGAGCCGCGGGAGUGCGGUCGCAGUAGCGUCCGGGUGCCGCGGGGCUGCGGCGGCGGGGACCGCGUGUGGCUCUUCUCCCCAGCGGGGUGGCCGACAUGUCGGCCCUAGGCGAGAACCCCCUCCUGCCGCUGCUGGAGACUUUGGAGGACUCUUCCGCCUUCCCUGGAGAGCAGACGGACGCCUACCUCACCCUGACCAGUCGGAUGACUGGAGAAGAAGGAAAAGAAGUCAUCUUAGAAAUGGAGAAAAACCUUCCUCGGCUGUACAAAGUUUUAAAGGCUCACAUUUCCAGUCAAAAUUCAGAACUGAGUAGUGCUGCUCUUCAGGCUUUGGGCUUUUGCUUAUAUAAUCCCAAAAUUACUUCCGGACUAUCAGAAGCAAAUAUUCAAGAACUGCUUUCAGAAUUGAAUGAUACUGUUAAAAGUUCAGACAAAAAUGUACGUACCAGGGCUCUUUGGGUAAUAUCCAAACAGACGUUUCCCAGUGAAGUUGUUGGCAAAAUGGUGUCCAGUAUAAUUGACUCAUUAGAAAUAGUAUUUAAUAAAGGAGAGAUACAUUCUGCUGUUGUUGAUUUUGAAGCAUUAAAUGUUAUCAUAAGGUUAAUUGAACAGGCCCCAAUUCAAAUGGGAGAAGAGUCAGUUAGAUGGGCAAAACUUGUCAUACCGUUAGUGGUUCAUUCAGCACAAAAGGUACAUUUGCGUGGAGCCACUGCUCUGGAGAUGGGAAUGCCGUUGUUGCUUCAGAAACAGCAAGAAAUAGCAUCCAUUACAGAGCAUCUUAUGACUACUGUAAGUAUUUCAUUAUGUAGGCAGAUUACUCUAAACAGAGAAGAGAAUUGUGUAUUACAAAGACAUCCCUUGUUUAUCAAAUUAAAAUUUAUUAGAAAUACCUUGCAUCGAAGUGGGAGUUUCAUCAAUUCUUUGCUACAGCUAGAAGAACUGGGAUUUCGUAGUGGAACACCCAUGAUCAAAAAAAUAGCUUUUAUUGCUUGGAAAAGCUUAAUAGAUAAUUUUGCUUUAAAUCCAGAUAUAUUGUGUAGUGCAAAAAGACUCAAGUUGUUAAUGCAGCCUUUGAGUUCCAUCCAUGUGAGAACAGAAACUCUAGCAUUAACAAAACUAGAAGUCUGGUGGUAUUUGCUGAUGAGACUUGGACCUCAUCUCCCUGCCAAUUUUGAACAGGUUUGUAUACCUCUGAUUCAGAGCACAAUAAGUGAUUCUAGUGCUUCACCUCCAGGAAGUUCAUCUCGUGUAACUACUCCAGGAUUAAAUCCCGGGACUCCUGUACAUAAAGGUGCUUCCCCAUAUGGAAUUCCUGUAACUUCACGAAUGAACAUGAGUCCAAAUUUAGGUGGAAUGGCAACAAUCCCUUCCAUUCAACUUUUGGGACUUGAAAUGCUGCUUCAUUUUUUGUUGGGUCCAGAAGUCUUGAAUUUUGCUAAGCAACACAAGCUUGUAUUGAGCUUAGAACCACUUGAACAUCCAUUAAUCAGCAGUCCUUCUUUUUUUUCCAAACAUGCACAUACACUCAUCACUGCUGUUCAUGACAGCUUUAUUGCAGUUGGGAGAGAUGCUUCUGAUGCAAUUGUCAGUGCUAUCUGGAAGGAGCUAAUCAGCUUAGUGAAUUCACUUACUGAAUCCGGUAACAAAAAAGAGAGACCAGGUUGUGAAGUAUUGACUCUCCUACUAAAAUCUUUAGAAAGCAUAGUGAAAUCCGAAGUAUUUCCUGUACCAAAAACACUGGUCCUUAUGGAAAUUACAAUUAAAGGACUUCCUCAGAAAGUAUUAGGUUCACCAGCAUAUCAGGUUGCUAAUAUGGAUAUUCUUAAUGGGACUCCAGCUUUGUUCUUAAUUCAGUUAAUUUUCAACAGUUAUAUCCAGGAAUGUGGUAUAGCUGAUGAAAGGUUUUUUCUCAAUCUGGAAUCACUUGUAGGCUGUGUGCUUUCUGGUCCAACUUCACCCCUCGGUUUUAGUGAUUCUGUUUUAAAUGUUAUUAAUCAAAAUGUAAUGCAAUUGGAAAAUAAAGAGCAUCUGUCCAGAAUGUGGAGCAUCAUAGUCACUCCAUUGACUGAAUUGAUUAAUCAGACCAAUGAAGUAAAUCAAGGUGAUGCCUUGGAACAUAAUUUUAAUGCCAUCUACAGUGCAUUGACUUUACCAAUAAAUCAUAUUUUUUCAGCACAGAUCUUUCCUGUGGUGACCAUGAAGGCUUUACUUAGAACAUGGUCAGAAUUAUACAGAAUAUUUGCUCGCUGUGCUGCUUUGGUGGCAACUGCAGAGGAGAAUUUGUGUUGUGAAGAACUUUCUUCUAAGAUAAUGUCAACUUUGGAAGAUAAGACCUUUUUGAAUUUGUUGUUCUUGGACAGGAUCAUCCAUAUUAUUACAGUAAUAGUUGAUUGCAUUGACUUUUCACCAUAUAAUAAUAAAUAUCAGCCCAAAGUUAAAUCACCACAGAGAUUGUCAGAUUGGGCCAAAAAGAAGAAAGAACCCCUAGGAAAAUUGGCCUCUUUAUUUAAACUUAUUGUAAGAGUGAUCUCUUCCUUCCAUACUUUGAGCUUCAAGGAGGCACAUUCUGAUACUCUGCUUGGUAUCGGCAACUCAAUCAUCAACAUGAUUUCCAAUCUGCUUGGACAUAUUUCUUUACCUUCUGUGAAUCGAAAAAUAUUUGCGAUAUUAACAAGACCCUUGGCAUUAUUUUAUGCAAAUUCUAACCUUGAUGAAGUUCCUAAAGUGUAUAGCUCUCUGAACAACAAGUUAGAAAAGCUGCUAGGAGAUAUUAUUACUUGUCUACAGUUCAGUGCUGGCACUUUCGACAGUGAACUUCUUGAACAGCUCUCGCCACUAUUUUGCACAAUAUUUCUGCACAAGAAUAAACAGAUUCGAAAGCAGAGUGCUCAGUUCUGGAAUGCCACAUUUGCUAAAGUGAUGAUGUUGACUUAUCCUGAAGAGUUAAAACCAAUACUAAGAGAAGCCAAACAAAAAGUUUUGCUUCUAUUGCCUGGUUUGGAAACUGUUGAAAUAAUGGAGGAAUCCAGUGGAUCAUGCUCAGAGCCAACAGAAAAUUCCCAAUUGAAUAUGAAGAUAAGUGGCAUGGAAAGAAAAUCAAAUGGAAAAAGAGAUUCUUUUUUGGCACAUACAAAGGAAAAAAAAAAUACGAAGCCAUCUACCAAACUGAAACGAGAAUCUUCAUCUCCAAAAGUAAAGAAUACACUGCUUUUAGAUGAGGAAAAGUCUACUGAUUUUGUGUUCAUACCUCCAGAAGGCAAAGAAUCAAAAGAAAAAAUACUAACUGAACAUCAAAAAGAAGUACUUAAGACAAAGAGGUGUGAUAUUCCUGCCAUGUAUAAUAAUCUGGAUGUUUCACAAGAUACCUUAUUUACUGAUCACUACAGUCAGGAAGAAUCUAUGCAAACUCCUACUUUAACUGAAAAACCAAAGGACGAUACCAAGAUGGUGAUUAAGGAGGAACAAGUGAAGAGUGACACUGUCAUUCAAGAUGCCUUGGGAAACUGUGGUAUGGAUGAACAUAUGAAAAAGGCUUCUUUUUCAAAUGAGUGUGGUUUUGUUCCCAAAACCAGUCUAGAAAUACUGAGCAGUAAUAAUGAAGCCAAAAAAACUACUUUAAUUUCAUCAAAGAAAACUUCAACUGAAUGUACAUCCAGUGCAGAAAACACAUUGGUCAGCAGUCGCUCAGUUUCUGAUGCCAGUAUUUCUGGAACUCCACAGCCUACAAGUCGGAGGCAAAGCUUUAUUACUUUGGAGAAGUUUGAUAGUUCAGAUAAUAGACCUUUCAGUCCAUCCUCUUUGAGUAAUAUGCCAUCAAACGUUUCAGAACCAAAAAACCAGGAAAACAUGAAUACAGCAGGUAAUACACCAAAAACGAAGAAGAGAGAAGUGAUGCAUUCAGAAUCUGAUUCAGAAAAAAAACUGACUGGAGUUAAGAGAUCAAGUCGAAGACUGAGUAAAGCUGAGAAGUCAGCAAGUAAAAGGUCUAAACCCAUAAUGAAAUCUGAGCAGGAGGAAAAUAAUCAAGAAUUGGUUGAAAGCACAAUAGCCUUAGAAAAUAGCUCACCUGAUUUGUUUAAUCAGACAGAAUGUUCAUCAGAUGAUCAGGUUCAUUUUUCUGAAUCUCUUACAGAGCAUGAAGAUAAAAAGCCUAAACCAACAUUAGAAAAUGCUGUGUUACUGGAUAACAGUACUGCUCAAGAGAAAAACAUGGGGAUUAAUUUAGAAUCCAAAGAAAAUACACCACCAACAGUAACCCCAGCAGAUCAAACAGUAAGUGAAGAUAGUCAGGUUCUGGUAACUCCAAACCAAAAGAUCCUGAGACGGUCUUCAAGACGACGCUCAGAAAUAGUAGUCUCUAUAGGGGAUAGCCAAGAUAAAGAAAAUAGUCAUCAAAAAAGGGAAAGACGUAAGGAAGAGGAAAAGCCUCAGGCUUUAUUGCAUGUAAAAGAUGAUGUGUUACCUAAGCAGAAACUGACUUGUGAACAAACUGGACAGGAAAACUUGCUUGAGAAAGGAAAUGUUGAGAAGGCUUCUGAUGAAACCAGUCCUAAUGCUGACAUUGAUCAAAAUAAAAGAAAAUCAGACCUUGAGAAUGUUAAUUCUGAGGGAGAUAAUAAUACCCUGGAUGUUACAGAUAAGUCUUCUGAGAAACCUUUAAGAGGACGAACACGUUAUCAAACAAGAAGGGCAUCUCAGGGUUUGCUGUCCAGUAUUGAAAACUCAGAGUCUGAUAGUUCUGAGGCGAAAGAAGAAGGUUCUAGAAAGAAGAGAUCUGGGAAACUGAAAAACAAAAACAAUGACAGUGUUGAUAUUGAACAAGAAGAAAAAAUGGUAGAAGAGGAAUCAGUAAGCAUCAAGAAUCACACAGAUGAUGAUAAAGCAAUUUCUGAAGUGGAUGUAGACAAAAAACCUCAGGUUUAUGAAAAAGGUGAAAAUACUGUGAUACUUAAGGAUUGUACAGCAUAUACAGACACAUUGCAACUUUCUGAUGAUGUGCCAAAUAUAUACGAAGGAAAAACUAAGGCUAGCAAGAGUCCAGAGUGUUCCUUUGCAAGUUCACCGAUGCCAGAGUCAAACUUAAGGACUAGAAAUGCUAGUAAGAGAUUACUUAGACGAGAUUCUGAUAGCAACAGUGUGGGAGAAUGCUCUCGAAUUGGGACACCAGAACUUCCUAUGCUUUCUGAAAAAAAUGUGCAGACAUUUGAAUGCCAGCAUAAGAGAAGUCGGAGAGUAAGACGAUCUAAAGGUUGUGACUGCUGUGGGGAAAAAUCUCAACCUCCAGAAAAGUCAGCCAUUGGGUUAAAGAACACAGAAAAUACUGAAAUAAAGAGUAGUGAAAUAAAGACAGAAGUGCAGAUACCUCACACACUAUCAGAAACAGAUUCUAAAGCUAAUUUAUCUUCUGAAGUAAAAUAUUUAGAUGAACAUACAAGUAUAAAUUUUAAUUUGGUUCUCAAGGGGAAUGAUACUCAUAAUGACUUUGUGCCUGAAACUGAGUUGAAAGGAAAUAUUUUUCAAAACUCAUCUGAAGUAGUCAAUUUGAAAGGAAAAUCUUGUGAUACAGAUUCUGGUGAGUUGAUAUGUCAUGAAAUUGAAGAACCAUCUAGUAAAAAGGUUAAGUCUAUGGACCCAUGUUUAGGUGAUUGCAAGGACCUUUCAGAGAAAUAUCAUUUAGAUAGUAUAGACGAUAAACCAGAAACAACCCUGAAAAGCGAACUCAAUGUUGACAAUAUUGAAGAGAAUGCAUGUAAAACAGCUGGAGACUCCCAAAUAGAGGGAGUAAAAGCAAUGGAACUGGUUGCAGAAAACUGUGAAUCUAGUGUCUCUGAAAAAGUGUGUCUCAAAACUGACACUUCUGAGUUGGCAACAGAGAAAUGUAAGAGUAGUGAUGAACCUGGCACAGAAACAGCUGAUAAACUAGGUGCUGAAGUGGCAGCUGAGGCAUUUUGUGCAGGUGUUGGUCUUUGUGAUAACACCACCCCUAUAAAUGUGAAAUCUCAGAUUGAGAAUUGUGAACAAAUAGCAGGUGGGGAAUUAGAUGACAGAAGUAAUGAACCAGAUUCAGCCUCAUCUAAGCAGAUGAAUGCUAAAAUGGAAGAUUAUGAAGAAAUUGUGACUGAAAUUGGCAUUGUCACAGAAGCAGAAGAUGAGAUGACUAAGUCAGAAGAAACCAAAACAGAACAAUUGAAUGCAGAACUUGACAGUUUUGCUCCUGACACAGUUGAAAUGAGCACUGAGGAAAGAAAGGUUGAGUCUAGCAAAAGUGAAACAAGUACUGAACUUCAUAAGGCUGAAGAAACAAAUGUAGAUGACGAUCAAAUGGUAGUGGAAAAUGAUAUUUUACUGCAGGUUAACUGUACUCCAGAUAAAGUGGAAGAACCACCACAGUCUCUAACAUCUGAAACAACUAUUUCCGAACUAGUAACAGAAAACAAUUCAUCUCCAGAAAAAUUGAGGGAACUUGAUUCUUUACUUGUGUCAGCAAAUGAGAGUCCUAGUGGCAUGCAGUCACGGUGUGUUUGGUCUCCUUUGGCUUCUCCAUCCACCAGCAUUUUAAAGAGAGGACUAAAACGACUCCAAGAAGAUGAGAUCUCAUCACCUGUUAACAAGGUCCGCCGAGUCUCCUUUGCAGAUCCAAUAUACCAAGCAGGAUUGGCCGAUGACAUUGAUAGGCGGUGCCCUCUUGUUAAGUCUCAUUCUUCAAAUAGUUCUCCUAUAAUAAAAAGUGUUAAAACUUCACCUACUUCACAAACUAAGCAUAAUACCACUUCAGCCAAAGGAUUUCUGUCCCCAGGAUCACGUAACUGUAAAUUUAAGACCUCAAAGAAGUGUUUAAUUACAGAAAUGGUGAAAGAAUCCAUGCCAUGCCCCACAGAAAGUGUUUAUCCAGCUUUGAUGAGUUGUGCAGCACCAGUUGACAUCAUUUUACCUCAGAUUACAUCAAACAUGUGGGCAAGAGGUCUAGGACAACUUAUCAGAGCCAAGAACAUAAAAACUAUCGGCGAUUUGAGUACUCUUACAGCUUCAGAAAUAAAAACUCUUCCUAUUCGUUCUCCAAAAGUGUCUAAUGUAAAAAAAGCUCUCAGGAUAUAUCAUGAACAGCAGAUGAAAUCUCAUGGACUUGAAGAAAUCCCAGUUUUUGAUAUUUCUGAGAAAACACUAAAUGAAGUAGAAAAUAAGUCAGCUGAUGAAGAAAGACUUGCUUCAGAUUUGAUUGAUCCUGUUGCUUUAGAAACUCCAUUAUCUAAAAAUCUUGUGGCACAAAUUAGAGCUCUUGCUCUUCAGUUGGAUUCAGAAGAUCUCCAUAGCUACUCAGGAAGUCAGCUGUUUGAAAUGCACGAGAAACUUGGUACUAUGGCGAACUCUAUCAUAAAAAAUCUGCAGGCACGUUGGAGAUCACCAGCCCAUGAAAAUUCUAGUUAGUAUUGUAAGAGAAAAUUGAAGAUUUUAAAACAUCCCUGAAUUUCUUGAUAAAACAUGUUCUGACAUAUUGUAUAAUUUGAGAGGAAACUGUUUGCAAAGUUAAUAACCUUUAACACUGUGAAGGGCGAUGAUUCUGUUGUGUAAGUAGUUUUUAAUUUCAUUAGUUAUCUUUUUUUCCUCUUUUCUGGAUUUCUAUGCAGUUUUCAUGAAAUUAAAUAUUCACUGCAAUUGAAAGCAAAAGUAGAAACAAGCAUACAUUUUAUUCCUCGUUUUCAACUCUUAUUUUGGUGAAGUGCAUAAUGCAAAAAAACUUUUAUUUUAAUUUUCCUUAACUGAUAAACAUGUUCAUAUUUGGGUUAUGUUUUAUUAUUUUUAUUGUUUUACCAGAGGUUUGGGAAAUAGGUUCCCAGUAAAAUACUUUAAAUGAGAUACAAAACUGGGGACAAAGCCCCCUUUCCCCCAUAGAUGUCACCUUUGGACAACUUCAGAGAAAAAUUUUAAAUACUAAUUUUCAGUUUCUUUGGUGAAAAUAUCAGUGCAGAAUGUGCUAAAUUCCAUUUCCUUUUCAUUACCAAAUAUUUGUGCAGCAGCUUUUGCUUGUGAAAAUGUACUGUUUUGAAACAUACAGUAUUCAUUUCUAAAUGCAUGACUGUUUGUACAUUGUGUAUAGAUGGCAUUUAAUUUAUAAAUUUCAGCCUUCGUUGAUUGCAUGAAUUUUUGUUCAGCUUGUGAAUAUGUUGGUUUUGUUUAAUUAAAACGUGUAUAUAUUUUAAUACUGAAAUACCAAUAUAGGCAGUAGAAAUACUUCAUGGGCUUGCUGCAAAUACUUGGGUAUUCUGUAUCUACAAAUAAAACAACACAUAGUUUUAUACUUAGUUAAUAAUCUCAGUUAAACAUGACUUUAUUUUUUAAAGUAUCCAGAAAGUAAAAUUAAAUGAAACGAGAAAUUUUGCUAUUCAUGCAAGGCCCACCCCUUUUUCUUUUGGUUUGGAAGAGGAUACCAACCACUAGAAAGUAUAUCUCAUUAACGUUUCUUCUUAAUGAAGAGUUUAGUCUGAAUAUAUAUUCAUUGCAAGUUGGACUAUAAGAAGUCUAGAGAUAACCUGCUUUGUCCACCUGUACCUAAAAGCAAACUUGGAAGAAGUUUGAAACUGUUCUUUUUAUAUAUAUAUAUGUAUGUAUGUUUUGCCAAGUUUAAUAGUAGUGUAUAAUUAAAACAUUUGUAAAUUGCACCAAGUAGUAUUAGUGCCUGACUUCCCAUCUAUGUUACGUCUUUGUGUGUCAGACAGGGACUUGCUGUGUAGCGCAGGCUGAUCUUGAAUUGGACAUCCUCAAGCCUCAGUCUCUCCUGAGUGCCCUGAUACAGGUGUGUGCCACCUUGUCCCAUUUAUUUUUGUGGGUUUUUUUCUUUUAAAUUAAAUUUAUUUCAUUUGUUCUCUGAUAUGAUCAGUGAAUUAGCUUGUUUUAUAGUGAACUCCUACUUAGAAAGCAUACUUCUAUGUCAAGUCAUAGAAGUACAUCAAGUCAUUGAAAGUUUAACAUUUUGUCUACGUUAAGAUCUCCCUUUCACUAGGGACCUCCAACCCCUAUAAAAAUUGAUAGCUUUUUUUAUGAAAAUCAAAAAUACAAAUAUUUUUGUUUCACAUGUACAUGUAUAUAUAUAUAUCACGUGUGUGUGAUAUAUGUACAAUGAUAGUUUUUUAAAUUCUGGGGUUGAACUAUGAAUUGUAGCAUAAUUAAAAAAAUUUGAAAACUCAAAUUUUACAAAAUGGAAUCAUAGUUGUGGUUUACAGUGUCCAAAUGUAUAAUAAUUUUUUGGUCAUCUUUUUUGUGGAACCAGGGAUUGAACUCAGGUCCUUGCGCUUGCCAGGUCAAGUGCUUAUUCCACUGAGCUAUCUCCCCGGCCCCAUGGUAAUCUUUUAAUAUUAGUCUUAGGACCUUUAACAAAAUCCACUCUUUUUGAAACAGGAGCUCACUGUUGUAGUUCAGGUUGGUCUUGAACUCCCCUUGUUGGCCUUGAACUUCAGUGAUUGUCCUGCCGUAGUCUCCUAUAUACUGCGUUUUGUCCAUCAUAUUUAAUAUUGAAUAAGCACAUGAGCUUAUAGUGAAAUAGGGAUGAAUAAAAAAGGCUGUCUUUGGAGAGGAGAUAACUGCAUAUUCUUAUGCAGAAAUAGUUCAAAGUAAUCAAUUUGUUUCAUCACAUGCCAUAAGAUUUGUAUGAAUUGUCAUGUGCUGGUGGGAUGAAGUUCUUGAAAAACUGGAUAGAACAGCAGACAGUGUGACUUAAAUGAUUACCAUGUAUGUGUUUCAGUGAAGAUGUAUUUAAAAAUACCAUUUGAGACCAAAUGUCAGUUUGUUAAAUAUUUUUGGUUGCUGUGGUUGUAAGCAUAUAUAUGAAUCGCCUUACUUCAGUAUUCUUGCCUUAAAUUUUUCUGCAAAUUUCUCCCUGACGUAACAAAAGCAUUAAUAUUUUGGUAGGCUCUAGUGUAUUGUUUUACUGAUAGAAAUUUUUUUCAGAUCUUUUCUGAUCAUUAAUAAAAUAUGGCAGAUACCAUUAACAACAGUCAGAUCUGGUUUCUUGAUAAUUAUUCAUCUUGAAGGAUGUAAUGGUAUGCAGUAAAUACCUGUGAAAUCUAUUGGAUUAAUUUCAGUGGAUUUAAAUGUUCUGUAUUGGAGUCCAUCAUUUAAAGGUACAUUUAGCUAGUUCAACA